AGUGAUUACACAACUGAAGGGGUUUCUUUUUUGGAGUGGGGGGGGGCUUCUGAUGCCGGAUAACAAUAUUGAAUAAAAUUGGGAAUUGAGGAUUCCCCGUACAAAGGCGCCAUCCCGCAUCAGCGGUGGCUCCGACAGAGCUGUCAUGCCGCAUGUUUGUCUUCCGUGUCAUUAUUGCGAUUAUUGAAGCGGAAGGUUUGCAUUCUGCGGUUUGUGGUUUGCAAGCGGACGCAUGCAAGGUCGUGAUUGCCACACGUUGGCGACGUGCUUUGACACACCAAACUUCCAAUUCCACUUUGAUCAAAGGAAGGCGGCACGGCGGCACAACUGACAGUUUCAAAGGCUUGACACGGUCAUCAAAACAACUUUUGCAAUACCUACAGGAGUUACCAAAACCACCUUGACUACAAUACCAGAAAGAAUAUCUAAAUAUAUAUCAAAUAUAAUACUUUAUUUCUAGUUAUUUUUUUCAAUGCCUUAUAGUUUUUAUUUGAAUAUUUGAACAUUUUUCUGUAAUACUUAGUUAUUAUUGCAACAGUUUAUUUUUAUUAAUAAUUUAUUUGUUUGCAUGCUCCAAAUUAUUUUUGCAACUUCUCUGUGAGGCAACAUCGAACUACGUAGAUACUGGCAAGGAUGCUCACAGCUCGCCAUGGACUUCUCAGGGGAAGCAUGAAUCAAUUUAAUCGGGGCAGGAAUGACACGAACGAUAACUUUAAACACGCACAUCGUUUCGGGGGAGGGGCUUCGAAAGGGGGUGCGCAUUACAAAUCACCGCGGAGUGAGGAAAAUAGACGAAUAUGGCUCAUUUGAGAUGUCAAAUGCACAUUUUACGAGGCGCAGAGAAAGCGUGACAGACAGACAGACAGGUGGGAGAGGGGAAAAAAUGCACGCGCUGAGUUUGUCGGAGGGACGCCGAAAAAAGAAGGCGAGGCGAACAUGGGAGCGUUCGGCGUGGCCGCCUGCCUGUCAGUGUCAAAGGAGGAGCCAGCAAGGAAGCCAGCCAGCCAGUGUUUACUCCAGCGAAAGCAGGUGGUCUAAAUUCGCACACAUGAGGAAGCAGUACAUCCACUCAUUCAAGACAGGGGCGUUGCCGUUCCUGGCAGGGCCUGCACGCCGAGUUUUCCCCAAGUUGAUGGAGACUCAAGGUGUCCCGUUGGCGCUACACACCGUGACUUUGGUUCUGCUGGUGUUGUGUCUGCUGUGCUCGGCCCUCAGCAUCCUUAUCUCGCUGUACAAUAGUGUCAGCAACCCGUACGAGACCUACAUGGGGCCUAUCGGCGUCUACACCUGCAGUGCCAUGAGUGCGUGCUUGUCUGUAGUGGUGCUCGUCAUCUUCGUGGUGUACUUCAGCACGACCCCGGUGGCGGAGGACCUGGUGAGGAGCUUCUCCGCAAACGUCCCAGUGGAGCUGAAGAUCAAAUCUUUCCAGAUGGAGCUGGGCUACUACCUGGUGAUCCCGUACGCGGCGCUGUCGCUGCUCGCCAUCGGCCUCAUCUAUAUGUACGACCACGCCGCCUACACUCAGCGGCGCGAACAGCAGCGGCCCACCGAGGACGCCCCCAAGGAGAUCAUGAUGUACUAGCCGCCUCCCUAAUUGAGGGAACGUCAAUUAACUUAUUGCAAAUUGCGGGUUGGGGCUGUGAACUGUAAAUAGUGAUGCGAGUCCUCAAAUUUGUAAAUCACAAUGUUGCUUCAUCCUU